AUGUCUGUAGAGCAGCUGGGACAUGGUUUAGUUCAUGAGGACAGAUCCGAACAUCACAGAGGGACACGGAGGCAGAGGGACACCGGGACAACACCCGGAAAACACCCGGAAGCACCGGGUAAACACCGGGAAACCACCGGGACACCACCGGGCAUCACCGCCCAGGAAGCAGUGUGUGUGUGUGUGUGUCAGUGUGUGUCAGUGUGUGUGUCAGUGUGUGUGUCAGUGUGUGUUAGUGUGUGUGUGAUUGAGGAGCUGCCAUCAAACCAAACUCCCGCUCAGGGCGAUGGGGGUUCCGUACGAGGCCAGUCCUUCUCUGCUCUUCGGAGGCAGUGCCAGCAGAAUGGACGUCUGUUUGAAGACCCUCUGUUUCCUGCGUCCGACCAGUCUCUGUUCUACCAGAACAACAGCAUCGGCCAAGUCACCUGGAAGAGGCCCAAGGAGUUAUGCAGCGAGCCCCAUCUGUUCGUGGACGGCAUCAGUGCCCACGACCUGCACCAAGGUCAGCUGGGAAACUGCUGGUUCGUGGCCGCCUGCUCCAGCCUGGCCUUCAGAGAGACGCUGUGGGAGAAGGUGAUCCCGAACUGGAAGGACCAGGAGUGGGAUAAAGACAAACCGGAGUCCUAUGCCGGGAUCUUCCACUUCCAGUUCUGGCGGUUCGGUGAGUGGGUGGAUGUGGUGAUCGACGACCGGCUGCCCACGGCUAACGGGGAGCUGGUGUACUGUCACUCCAACGACAGCAAUGAGUUCUGGAGCGCGCUGGUGGAGAAGGCCUACGCCAAAAUGUGCGGAUGUUAUGAGGCGCUGGACGGGGGCAACACGGCCGACGCUCUCGUGGAUUUCACCGGCGGCGUGUCGGAGCCACACGACUUGAUAAAGAACGGAUACAAAGACGAUGAUGACAAACGCAACGAGCUGUUCGAGAGAGUCCUGAAAGUCCACGACAGAGGAGGCCUCCUCAGCUGCUCCAUCCGGGCAGCCACGUCGGCGGACAUGGAGGCCCGGCUGGCCUGCGGACUGGUGAAGGGUCACGCCUACGCGGUGACAGACGUCCGCAGGGUGAGGCUGGGUCACGGCCUUCUGGCCUAUUUCAGGUCAGACAAACUCACCAUGAUCCGCAUGAGGAACCCGUGGGGCCAGAGAGAGUGGAACGGGGCCUGGAGCGACAGCUCUGAAGAGUGGCAGAAGGUCAGUAAGAGCGAGCGGGAGAAGAUCGGCGUCACCGUGCAGGAUGAUGGCGAGUUCUGGAUGACAUUUGAUGAUUUUAUCGAUAACUUCACAGACCUCAUCCUCUGUCGUCUCAUCAACACGUCCUACCUGAGUUUCCACAAGACCUGGGCGGAAGCUGUGAUGCGGGGCUCCUGGCGUCGCCACGACGACCCCCUCGUCAACCGAGCGGGGGGCUGCAGUAACAACAAGCCCUCCUUCCUCCAAAACCCACAGUACGUGUUCGAUGUGAACAAGCCAGAGGACGAGGUUCUGAUCUGUCUGCAGCAGAAAGACCGCAGAGCCAGACUGAGGGAGGGACAAGGGGAAAACCUGGCCAUGGGCUUCGACAUACACAGAGUGGAGUUAAACAGGACGUAUCGUAUGCACGUCACACAGCAGAAGGUUGGUGGGAGCGUCUACAUCAACUCAAGGUCUGUGUUCCUGCGCUUCGACCUGAAAGAGGGACGCUACGUCAUCAUACCCACAACCUUUGACCCCGGCCUGGAGGGAGAGUACCUGCUCCGCACCUUCACCGAUGUGUCCUCAGACUGCAAGGAGUUGACCCAACAUGAGCCCCCACAGACCUGCUGGUCCGGGCUGUGUGGGUACCCCUCUCUGGUCUCUCAGGUCCACGUGCUGCAGGCGAACGGACUCGCAGGACAAGACUCGGAUGGAGUGUCAGACCCCUAUGUGAUCAUUUGCUGUGAGGGAGAGAAAGUUCGCUCUCCGGUCCAUAAGAACACACGCAGCCCCGUCUUCGACACCAAGGGGCUGUUCUACAGGAAGAAAGCCAACAAGCCAAUCACCAUCGAGAUCUACAACCACAACGCGCUGAUGGACUCGUUCCUGGGUCAGGUGACGCUGCGGACUGAUCAAGGUGACUUCCAGCAGACGCUCCACCUGCAGGACAAGGGCAAUCGCCGUGACAACGACCUCCCCGGUACCCUCACUGUCGCCAUAGUGACCAGCACGGUGCUCACCAACAUCUGAGACAGUUCCGCCAAACUGAUGCAGCUGAUUCAGAAACGUUUACAUCUUAACAUGACAGAGGUUUACUUUUUGGAAGAUUUUGACUUUAAUGAAAGCGACACAUCCAGCAGGAGAACCGUGAGACAUAUACAAUCACAUGGAACUUUUUGUUUUAGCUUCGUGCCUAUAAAUGUGUGUUUACAACAUUAUUUACAGGCCCUGUUGUGGCUUAACGUCCAGGCCACACUGGUCCGACUGGUGUCUGCUGCACGUGAGCCGGGCUGCUCUUCUAGAGCACUGGUUCUCAAAUGGGGGUACUAGCACCCCUGGGGGUACGUGAGAUU